CAUGAGUAGCCAGCAGGUCAACCAAUAGAGGCCAAGUCUUUGAGUGCAUGCAUCCUCCAAAUAUGGAGAGGGACAGUUCAUGGCUUGAUCAGGGGAAGGUGGCCAGAUGGUUGAUGAAUAGUCUAGUUACGAUCUUGUAGAGGGCUACUCUGCGAACCAGCCUGAGUCGUGUUGCUAUUGGACUUCUCCUUCACAAUGAGUAAUGUAAUGAAAUGGUUGGAUGGAAACGUGGUUAGUGUGCGUGAAGUUUAAAAUCCAUUCUAUCAUUACUAAAUGUGUAAAGUUAUAUAUUUUAACAUGACUAUUUUUGAAUAACAUAUUUAAUAAGUUGUCUUCCUCAAAGAGGGGGAUGAUGACGCAAUCUUUGCCAGAGGGAGGGAAUCUGAUUUAAUGGUCCUUGACUCGCGGCUCAGUCAUUUUAUUCAAGGGAAGUGGAGUUAGCCGUGAGUUAGCCUGCCCCGCAGCAUGUUAGUUCUGAAUAAUUCGCUGCCAUAUAAAUGUACCUGGCUAAAAGGUGAGCCACAUUUGGAUCACCGGUUAUCCCAAAUUGAGCUCACAGUUGACCAAAGUUACCUCGCCAACUCCUCAAACCUGCUUCGUAAAAUACCCCUCUUAACUUGGUUUCAUCUCGGUAUUUUCAGUAAAUCUUGCCAUACAAUUAGGCUAUAUUGUUCCCACAAUGCUUCUUUGUGGAUGGAUGUCAUUGGUUAAUGUGGUUUUCUAAUGUGGUGUACGCUUCAAUAUUACCACGUGGCGUCACUGUUGACCAGGCAUUGAGAUAUUACAUUCGAGUUUCGAGUCCCCUCCCAGUUUCACGGGGUGAGGAGAUUUCUCCUGGCUUUGUUACAAAAAGAAGCAAGACGAGAGAGACGGUGGUUGGAGGCCAAAACAUUUACCAUGUUGUAAUUCAGCUGGAUUUGAGACAUAUUUUCUGUGCUUUGAUUUUUUUUCUGAUAUUUCUAUUUUUGCAUCAAUGCUCGGCACACGUUCGAUGGAAUGAUGUCUUUACCGAACAGAAGGAGCUCUAUUGUGACGUAUGUAGUGCUUGUGCUGCUGGAGUGUUACUGGGAAGCGGUGUCUGCGCAGCUCUCCUAUUCCGUCUCAGAGGAGGUAAACCCGGGGACUUCUGUGGGAAAUAUCGCUAAGGAUCUAAACCUCAAUGUCCAGGAUUUGGAGUCGCGUAUGUUUCAGAUUGUCACCGGGUCCAAGAGAAAGUAUUUCGAGGUAAAUCUAAAGACUGGGGUUCUCUAUGUGAAUGAGAGGAUAGACAGAGAGGAGCUCUGUGUGAAGGCUCCGAAAUGUACAGUCAGUGUAGAGGCCGUUAUAAACAGUCCGUUGAAGCUUUACCGUCUAGAAAUCACUAUUUUAGAUGUUAAUGAUAAUGCUCCGUCUUUUGCAGAGAAAUCACAAAGUAUGGACAUUGCUGAGAGUACAUUACCGGGAGCGAAAUUCUCUCUUUUAGAAGCGUCUGAUGUCGAUGUUGGAAAGAAUACUGUUAGCACAUACAAGCUUAGUCCUAAUGAAUAUUUCUCUCUUGAUAUUCACAAAGGAGGAGAGAGUGUGUCUGCUGAGUUAGUGCUGCAGAAAGCUUUAGACCGAGAGAAACAGCCCGUUAUCCAGCUCACACUGACCGCUGUUGAUGGAGGAAAUCCACCGAAGUCUGGCACGUCAGAAAUCAAAAUAAAUGUUUUAGAUAUUAAUGAUAACCGUCCCAUAUUCAGUAACUCGUUGUAUAAGACUCGUGUUUUCGAGAACGUGCCCAUAGGAACAACAGUAAUAAAUGUGAAUGCAAAUGAUAUCGAUGAGGGCACAAACAGUGAAAUAGUGUACUCUCUUAGAACUAAAGGCCAAGAUCACAUAUUAGAUAGAUUUCAAAUCGAUUCUAAAACGGGAACAAUAACAGUUAAAGGCACGGUUGAUUUUGAGGAAAGUCCUGCCUUUGAGAUUCAUGCGCAGGCGAGUGACAGAGGCCAGCCCCCGAUGGCAGCUCACUGUAAAGUGUUGGUAGAGGUGGUGGACCUCAACGACAAUGCGCCUGAGAUCACUGUGACGUCACUCUUAGACACAGUGAAGGAGAACGCCAAGAUGGGCACUGCUAUUGCUCUCGUGUCCGUCCUCGAUAGAGAUGGUGGCAAAAAUGGAGAGGUUCAUUGUGAGGUCAAGAAUAAGGUCCCUUUUAAAUUAGAGACAAACUACAAAAACUAUUAUUCUUUAGUGGUUGAUGGACCUCUUGACAGAGAGAGCGCUUCUCAGUAUAAUGUCACCAUCACAGCUACGGAUGAAGGAACCCCGCCUCUCUCCAGCACCAGCGUUAUUACAGUACACGUUUCUGAUGUAAAUGACAACGCUCCUCGCUUCUCAGAACCGGUGAUUAAUGUUUAUGUGAAAGAGAACAGUCCGGUAGAUGUCAUUAAAACCGUGUCUGCACUUGAUUCUGACGUCAAUGAAAAUGGCCAAGUGACCUACUCAUUCUUAGAGAGUAACGGCAAAUCAGCACCGCUGUCUACAAUGGUCAAUAUAAACUCAGAUACUGGAGAUAUAAUCAGUCUGCAGUCUUUUAACUAUGAGGAGAUCAAAACUUUCCAGUUUAAAGUUCAGGCCACAGACUCUGGUGUUCCUCCACUCAGCAGCAACGUGACUGUGAACGUUUUUAUCCUGGAUGAGAAUGACAACAGUCCUGGGAUUCUCGCGCCCUAUUCUGAACACGGCUCCGUUAACGCUGAGAACGUUCCCUAUUCUGCUGAAGCGGGCUACUUUGUGGCCAAGAUCAGGGCUGUAGACGCAGACUCUGGCUACAAUGCGCUGCUUUCUUAUCACAUCUCUGAGCCCAAGGGAACCAACCUCUUCCGAAUCGGAACCAGCACCGGGGAACUGAGGACUAAGAGGAGAAUGAGUGACAAUGACCUGAAAACUCACCCGUUGCUCGUGUUGGUUUCUGAUAACGGAGAACCCUCACUGUCAGCGACUGUGUCUAUUGAUGUAGUGGUGGUUGAAAGUACAGGUGAAAUCCAGACUCAGUUCAGAAAUGUACCGAGAAAGGAGGAGAACUUCUCUGAUUUAAACCUGUAUUUGCUGAUCGCCAUUUCCUCGGUAUCAGUGAUAUUUUUACUGAGCCUCAUCAGUUUAAUAGCUGUAAAAUGCCACAGGACAGAGGACAGUUUCAGAAGGUACAGCGCCCCAAUGAUCACCACACACCCUGACGGAAGCUGGUCUUACUCUAAAUCUACUCAGCAGUAUGACGUGUGUUUCAGCUCAGACACACUGAAGAGUGACGUAGUGGUUUUCCCCGCUCCGUAUCCACCUGCAGAUGCAGAACUGAUCAGUAUUAAUGGAAAUGACACGUUUAACAGGACUCAGACGUUACCCAACAAAGAGGAGGUAAGAACUAUAGUUUCACAUUACCCAGAAAUCCAUCCUUUAGUUAGCCUGUUUUGUUGCUUUGUUGUUUUUCUCAAUGUCUUUGGAUGACGUUGAACUUUUCUUCUCUAUCUCAUUUGCAUGUUCAGUUAAAUAAUAGUCAUCUUCCUACCGGUUCAAGUUGGAUAAAUGCCGCGCUCUUUUGCUCGCUGUCAAGAUGAACAUAUAGGCGCUGCCCAUGGUUCUGAAAUCUAUCACGGUCUUGGCUACCUGCUUUUGCCUGUUGUUUCACGUAAUGUACUGGAUACGCUUUUGUUGCCCUGACUAUGUGUUAUAUCUUUUCAUAUGAAACAUCACAUACAUGUGUGUUCAGAAGUGAUGGUCGUCAUGCUUCUAUUGUGUUUGGAAGGGUGUCAUGGAAGGUAUUGGGAUCUUCUGAGUUACUGUAAGCUGGUACGUUCCCCACGUGGCGUCACUGUUGACCGUGCCAUUGAGAUAUUAUUUCGAGUCUCGAGGUCCCUCCCAGUUUCAAAGAGUGAUGAGGUUUUUGGGGGCUUUGUUAAAAAGAGACGCCAGACGAGAGAGAGACGGUGGUCUCAGGCCAUACCGGUGUUUACCGCUUACAAAUUCAGCUGGAUUUGAUACAUAUAUUUUCUAUGCUAAGAUUUUUU